UACGUAAAUAGAAAAUUCAGAAUUUGCUUUCGCUUCUCGCUUGGAGUUUAACACAGUUUUCAAGCCAUGAAACUUUAGAGAUAGUAUUUUACUUAUCUAAAGAAAAGUUUUAGAGUAUAAAAUGAUAUUGUGGUGCAUGAGUGUGUUGUUUUUGGUACAAUGUUUGUUUGGGGCAUAUGCAGGACAUGCAGUUAACUCUCCUUAUCGUGUUUAUGAUAUGAUUCCUCAAGGUAUCUGCAAAGUGCGUCGAAUACCACUGCUAGAUAAUAUUUUGGCACAGGCUGACCCAAUACUUCUCAAUAGUGCUGAACACGGCGCAAUAUUUCGACAAACCUGGAAUUCAUCAUCAUUUAAGAAAUAUUCUGACUGCAAAUUUUAUGUGCAAGCACCUUCUCAUAUGGGCCUUUAUUUAACGGUCAACAAAGUUCAAUUGCGAAAAAGUCAUAAGGGCAUUUGCAUCGAUACUCUUGUGGUAAAAAAGAGUAAUGAUAAAAAGCACCAAUUCUGUGAAACACCUGAUAGUGAACCAACAGUCCUUUAUGAUGAUCGUGGACGAAUGCGGAUAACAGUUAAUUUAGACGCUAAUCUCGCACUUCCCUUGUUGGAGGACAUUCUAGAGGUGCAACUUAUUGUAACUGUAAAACGAAAAUGCAACGUUGAUGGAUAUUUGCCAUGUGAAGAGGAAGAUGAUAAUUCGUGUAUAAGCAAAUACUUUUUUGGUGAUGGCUUUGUCAACUGCCCAGAAUGUGUGGAUGAAAAAGGCUGUGUGAAGGAUAACGAUCCAGUCGAAACUUUCAAUCCAUCCAAUGUCUUCCUUAGUGCUGUAAUUUCACUCCUGGGUACAAUGAUAGUAUUUGGAGCAUGUUUGUGGUGCAUAUUCAAACAUAGUCAUUGCAUUUUCGGCUGUAUCACCAGCAAUAUCACGGAAGCAGUGCGAAGCAGUCAGAGCAAUCGACAGUCUGCCACGGUGGACCAAAUCCAGGUAGAGUUACAUGCUUCAGCACCGCCAACGGCUCCUCCAGAAGAAGAUAAAGAUCUUCCGCCGAGUUACGACUCGCUCUUUCCGGUGCCUUCUACAGGACGAUGAAAUCUAAAAUCAAAACUUAAAGUUUGUAGUUUACCAUUUACAACGCUUAACCGAAUUUUCAGAGAGAAAAAACGAUCAUCUGAAGCUAAAAACAGCACUUUCUUUUUGUACAGAUUUAGUAUCUUAGCCAGCUAGCAACUCGAGUGAGUCGAACUGAUUGUUACAUCUUUGUUUAUUAGAUAAACAUUACUCCGAGAGUUAACAAGUUUUCUGUUCCGCAGUUGCUUAUGAUAUUUUGCCGUUUUUUAAUUUGGAAUCUCUGGAGAUUUCACGGAAUUGGUGUGCACAAAUUUAGAACACUAAUGUGGAAAUCAACGCAUUUUAGAUGUAGGUAUCUAGCAAUAAAUAUCUAGAUAUUUAUUUUUCCCAAGAUUUGUUAAAAAAAUAUUUAAUACUUAUUUUUUACCCGCUUAAUGAAUUUGAAUAUCAGCCAAAAUGAUAGAAGUAAUCUAGUUUUAAUUAGUAAAAUACGAUGAACUGUGUACAUAUUGGACGAAUAAAUGUUUUGAAUAAGUACAUCUUUGUAAUACACUAAUGUUCCGAUUUUGUCAGCUGCCGGUGUAAAAUCUUUUAUGUUAUUUUUGGCCAUACAUUUAGCAUCAUUGGACCCACUCUGCAACGAUCAUCAGCUUAACUGAUGAUCGCGAGAAUGUAACUUACUCUCGCAGGUUGUCGAUAGUAAUCUCAUGAAUUGAUUAAUAUACGGUCAUUCUCCCCAACGUUCGGAGAACCAGAAUAGUAGAUACCUAAAUCUGAUAGCUCUGAUAGCAGAUAGUGUA